UUGCUCCACCCUCUGCCCUGCUCGCUGGCUGGCUGAGUGUAUCAAGGCUUUGCUGAACCAUUGCUGCCAGAACUGGCACACUGAUCCUUGCAGCUACUCGGCAGGAGCUGGACCCCUGGUAUGAUGCUCUCCUCCCACGAGCCCUGGGCAGCUUUCGUCAUGCUCUUCUACAUCACUGUGCUCUGGUGCUCCUGUUCUGCAGCAGCUGGAGCCUCCAACAUUUCAACAAGCACCAUGCACACAGCCGAGUAUGAACCACCAUGUCUCAAGGUGGACUUCUGCACACUAGCAGCCGUGUGCUGUCCGACUGGUGUGGACGAUUACGGAUGGAUUGCAGCAGCUGUUGGCUGGAGCCUCUGGUUUCUGACUCUCAUUCUGCUCUGUGUGGAAAAGGUCAUGAAACUCCGGCCUGACGAACCCAAAUAUUUGGCAGCCUGAAGCAGGGCAAGUCAGCGAGCAGCAGUGAGGUGCAGACAGACUGACAAAGACUUCAAUCACUUCCUGAGAAACAGAAAAGAAAGAGAACUUGCCUUCAGCUAAAAGAAGUCCACAUGUAAGUGGGGCACCUGCUUGGGCUCUGUCUUUCCUGGCAUGUCAGAGCUCCUGGCCCAAGCAUGGAGCUCCAGUCAGUCUCAGCUGGCCACCAUGGACAUCCCAAUGCACACAGACAACAUUUUGAAUCAUAGAAUCAUCAAGGUUGGAAAGAUCACUAAGAUCAUCUAGUCCUACUGUCAGCCCAUCCCCACCAUGUCCACUAACAACGUCCCUCAGUGCCACAUCCACACAUUUCUUGAACACAUCCAGGGACGGUUACUCCACCACUCCGUCAUUUCCCUGAGCCCAUCCAAGCCUGCCCAGAGGGUACAAUCAGACCCUGAAGGACCAGGUACUAGGCUUCCUGCCCUAAGACAACCCCAAACAGCACUGGAAUUUGAAAGAGCAGUGGGCUGGUUUCUGGAGGUGCUGGAGGAUCAACGUCACCAGAUUCUGUACUAAGCUGCGGGCCAGGCUGUAUCACUAAAAUAAUGCAAGUCAUUGGUUAUACUGAGUAACUUCUGUUGACUAAACCAAAGUGUUUACUGAUACCAAGAGAAACUCUGUUUUGGAAACUUAAGGCUUGUUUGGGCUGGUUUGAAAUUAGAACUGGUUGUUCCACUGCAAUGUAUAUGUGAACUGCUUUGUGGGAGGUUGGUUGUAUCUAUUCGGCUUGCACCUGUCUGUGUAAUUAAGACACACUGCACCAUUGCAAAUGGGUUUUAAACCAGUAUAUCCAACUCAGGCACAACACUGGUCCUAUUUAUGUAAGAUGAUAAUAAACGCUCUUCUUGAUGGAAGGA